GUCUGUUCUAAACCGUCCCUCGCAUCCGUACCUAUCUGUCUCAUGACCACCCCAAUAACAUCUUGUAUAAACAAACCAGAGUUCUCAGAAGUCUAUCCACCAUCUGAGGAUUCAUACUUAUUUUUGGACGCUUUGGAAUUGGAUUCAGAAUUUCUAUCCGGAUUAAAUCCCACCAUAACUCUUGAAGUCGGAAGCGGUAGUGGAGUUAUCAGUGCAUUUUUGUGCUCAUCCAUUUCAAAACCUUUAGUUCAUAUAUGUACAGACGUAUCUCUUACUGCAUGUUACGCAUCUUUGUGUGUGCUUAACGUAAACGUUCCCAGUACAUCGGUGACAUACGAUGUGGUUAAUUGUUCUUUAGCAACUCCCCUCUUGUCUAGACUAUAUAAAAGUGUAGAUUUAAUCAUGUUUAAUCCUCCCUAUGUACCGACAACUAUAGACGAACACAAAGCGGCUGGUUCAACUAUAGUUGCUUCAUGGUCAGGUGGGCCACUAGGAAGAGAAGUAAGAUCAGUUUCUUGGUUUGUUGUCCGUUUGAAAGUUAUAAACUUGUGAUUCCAAACCUCCUUACAGGUAUUAGCGUAUUUUUGGGCUUUUUUACAAGCCUUGGUGCCUCGAUAUCACAGAAAUUAAUGGAUAUUACAGUUUUAGGAAGAACUCAUUCAAUUUGAUAGUAUUCUCUCAUCAUUCUUUUUACUGAUAGCUCUGCACGAUGUUUUUAUUGUGUAGAUGUAAACCGAGACAUAACUAUUAGUCAACACGAUAAUACAUUGAAUUGUCCACCAAACAGUAUCUUCUAGAUAGUGAUGAAGAAAAUACUGAAGUUCAUUUUGAAUCUUUUGUAUGGAAUUGCCAAAUGUCUUCUCCUUUGCUUACAUUCUGCAUUUCUCAUCUUUAAGUACAAAUCUGCUAGCAUAACUUACCUGCUUCUGGAAGCUGUUCUAUUAAUCUAGGAUUAGUUUAAUAUUUUGGGACUUUCUCAUAUUAAUGUAUUAUGUAUAUUUAACGCUUGC